AUGGGCAUCGGAGGUAGUGAUUCAUACUUAGAAGGAGGCGUACUUAUUGAUGUACGCUAUAAAGAUGAAUGGGAUAGUGAUCAUAUUGAUGGAGCAAUUUUAAUUCCAAAUCCAGAAAUAGAAGAAAAGAUCGCAUCUUUUGUACCAGAUAAGGAAACACCAAUCAACAUACAUUGUGCAUCUGGAAUGAGAGCUUCUAAUGCAAAGUCUAAGCUUCUCAAAAUGGGUUAUAAGCAUGUUGCUAAUUUAGGAGGGCUUAGUGCAGCUAAACACAAAUGCAAAGGACAUGAAAUUAAAAAAUAA